CACAACUCCCAUCAGCCGCAGCCCCCGCUGGGGAUUGGCUGGAUGUUCCUGGAGGAGGAGGAGCCUCGCUCGGCUGAAGAGGACUACUACAACUCCCAGCAUUCCCGGACAAGCCUUGGCGGCUGGGGACGGCGGGAGUUGUAGUCCACGGGAAGCGGCGGCGGCGGGUGGGAGCCCCGCUUCUUCCCCUCCCCCCCGCUGAGGCGGGGGAGGCCGGAGGAAAGCCCGGCCAGCCGGCCCGCGAGAAGGCCAGCCCCAGCCAUGUCUCUUCUCUGGAGUUUCCUCCCCGCCUGUGAAGAAGAAGAAGAAGAAGAAGCUGACGCCUGAGGCUGCUGAGGCCGGUGGGGGCCCUUCCCUGACUGGCCCGUGGCCAGUGCACCACGAUGAGGAUGAACCCCCCGGACGGGUUCCCCCCGCAGACGAGGGAGCACCCCUCCAGCGCCGAGGGCAGAGUCCCGCAGAGCCUGCCCCCCAAGACCGGGGCUGGCCGGACUGCAAGGAGGGAGGCGGGCGACAGCGGGGACCUCCCCUCGGAGGACCGGCCGGAAAGCGAGGCCGCCUCCUUCUUCCGCGACCCGCUGAGAUGCCCAGCAGGAGGAGGAGGAGGGCUGCCCGCCGGCCUGGGGUUCAAGUCCUUCACCCCCAAGCCGCCCCACAAACCGCGGCUCGAGCGGACCUCCUCUCUGGAUGAGCUGUUCUGGCGGCGGCGGCAGCGGCACUUCCGGGCGAGCCAGGAGAGCCUGCCGGACCCCGCCGAGAUGAGCUCCUCCAGCGGGUGCCUGCAGGGCAGCCCCCCCGCCGGCCGCCGGGCCCUCCCUGGUGGCCAGCGCCACCACCACGACCCGCUGCCUCUGCACGGCCUGCACAAGGCCUGUGAGCCCCCCCGCCCCAGGCAGGGCACGUCAGGCCUCUUGGGCCUGCAGCUGUCCCCGGCCCAGGCUCUGCCCCCCGGGGGCCUGGAGGGCUCCUUCCCGGCGCUGAGGACGGCUAAGAGGAUCGACCUGGAUUGUGCGGAUUACCGGCCUCCUUCCCGGAGCGGCUUGGCCAGGGCCAGCAGCAGCUGCAGCAGCAGCGACGCCCGGCUGCCCAGCCGAGGGAUGGUCUGCGACAACUGCUCCACCGCCUCCAUGAAGUCCGGCUUCAGCCUCCUGGCGCCCAUCCGGGUCAGGGACGUCCGCAGCAGGAGCUAUUUGGAAGGCAGCCUCCUGGCUAGUGGUGCGUUGCUGGGAGCAGAAGAGCUGGACCGAUACUUUCCCGACCGGAGCCUUGGCGUCUUUGUGGCCACCUGGAACAUGCAGGGCCAGAAGGAGCUCCCCGAGGCGCUGGAUGAUCUCCUGCUGCCCUCCGACCCCGACUACGCCCAGGACAUGUACGUGAUCGGGAUCCAAGAAGGCUGCCCCGACAGGCGUGAGUGGGAGAUCCGCCUGCAGGAGACGCUGGGCCCCCACUACGUCAUGCUGGGCGCCGCCGCCCACGGCGUGCUCUACCUGGCGGUCUUCCUGCGCAGGGACCUGAUCUGGUUCUGCUCCGAGGUGGAAUGCGCCACGGUGACCACGCGGAUCGUCUCUCAGAUCAAGACCAAGGGCGCCCUGGGGCUUGGCUUCACCUUCUUCGGCACGUCCUUCCUCUUCAUCACUUCCCACUUUACGUCCGGAGACAGCAGAGUGUACGAGCGGGUGCUGGACUACAAGAAGACCAUCCAGGCCUUGGCUCUGCCCAGGAGCAUUCCGGACACCAACCCCUACCGCUCCAGCCCAGCGGAUGUCACCACCCGCUUUGACGACGUCUUCUGGUUCGGGGACUUCAAUUUCCGCCUGAACGAGGACCGGGAGGUGGUGGAGCAGCUCCUCAAGCGAGACGGGGAGGUGGACGUGGCCCCACUGCUGCAGCACGACCAGCUGCUCCAGGAGAUGGAGAAGGGGUCUGUUUUCAAGGGGUUCCAUGAAGCGCCCGUCCUUUUCCGUCCUUCCUACAAGUUUGACGUUGGGCAGGACACCUACGACACAACCUCCAAGCAGAGGACGCCCUCGUACACGGAUCGCGUGAUCUACCGGAGCCGUCACAAGGAUGACAUCCAUGCUGUGAAAUACUCUUCCUGUCUGGAGAUCAGAACGUCGGACCACCGGCCUGUGUAUGGGUUGUUCCGCGUCAAAGUGAGACCUGGAAGAGACAACAUUCCACUCGCGGCCGGCCAGUUUGACCGAGAGCUGUAUCUGAUUGGCAUCAAGAGACGGAUCACACGGGAGCUUCAGAAGAAGCGGGCUCUGAAGGACCAGAAGUCCAGCGCUGUCUGUUCCGUGGCCUGAGCGAAGGGCCAUCCCAGGAGGCAGGCAGGCAGGCAGGCACCGGGGGCUCUUCAGGAGCAUCGUGGCUGCUCAGGUGGAUGUGAGCCAAACACCCGUUUGCCCAGAGGCCAAGGGGGCUCUUCCCUGGCUGGGCUGCGCCUAGAGCCGCUGCUGCUGCUCUCUGGAGCUUCUGCCGCCGGGGCUCUGGGCAGCCUUUGCCCUUGGAGCCGAAGACUCCUCUCUGGGGACCAGCUGGGGGAGCCAAGGCAAGCUCUGCAGCCAGCUUGGGCGUUUCCAGUCAGGAAUGGGCAGGAGCCACUGGAUGGGAUGCCAGCUGCCAUCCCCCAGGGACCUUGUUUUCUGAACUCCAGCAGGCAUCCCUUUUGCCAUUCUGCUGGAGUAGCAAUGCCAGCGGGGCGUGCUGAGGAAGGAGAGCUGCUGCUGCUCCAACCCCUGUGGCAUGCUGCUAGGGGGCGGCUGGCGGGGGCAGCGCUCCCUGUGGCAGGGAUCCCUCAAUGUUUUUGACAACAACUCCCAUCGCUCCCAUGGCCUUGGGCUGGGGAUUCUGGGAGCUGUAGUCCACGGCAUCCAGGAGUCCCUGGCGCAGGGAAGACGGAUGUCGAGGUGCCUCCUUGGUUCCCAGACCAGGACAAGCCAACCGAUGCUGGUUUGUGGCACUUGAAGAUCCAGGGGGCAGUGGAGGGUGGUGCUGCCUUUCCUCGGGUUCUGGGUGAUGUUUGUUUUCAGAACCCGUUUUCACAAAUAAAACAAGACCCAGAUGUUUUAACAA